CUUGAAGAACCGGGUUUGGACUGUGGGAGUAAGAUUUUUUUCAGCUUUUCCUUCUCAGUUUCAAAAACCACAAAAAUUAAAACUAUUAGUAGGAAACACAUCUAAAGCGAAUGAUAAAUCCGAUCUAGGUCUCUCCUUCCCCGAUUUCUCUCUGUCUCGUCGAUCGAAUAUCUAAGGUAAUGGAUAAAGGCAAAGCAGUGAUGGGUACUGGUCGGAGAUGGGCCGUCGAAUUCUCCGAUCAAUCUACUGUUCCAUCUUCCCGCGACAUCCUCGAUCCCCCUGGCUUCUCUCGUGCUUCUCCGGAACAGGAUGAUUCAGCAACCAGCCGCCAGAAGAAAGACGCUGAAGCUACUUGGAAACUUCAGAAAGCAUGGGAAGUAGCGCAGUCUCCGUUUAAGAAUUUGAUGAUGAUGGGUUUCAUGAUGUGGAUGGCUGGAAACACAGUGCAUCUAUUUAGCAUUGGUAUCACAUUCUCUGCUCUUUGGCAGCCUCUCAGCGCUCUCCAGAGUGUUGGAAAGAUUUUUGAGCCAUUCAAGGAUAACAAGGUGGAACUACUUAUGCCGAAAUUAGUGUUUCUUGCCCUAAACCUUGGAGGGUUAGCUUUGGGUAUCUGGAAGCUCAACACUUUGGGGCUUCUUCCAACACAUGCAUCAGAUUGGGUUUCAUCUCUACCUCCUCCUCAGGUUGGUAAUUUCUAUCUGCAGCUAACUAAGAGGUUGAACACUCUGGCGGAGGAUUUGUUUUCCACUGAUGAUGAGCAUGCGUCUCUUUGUAUUUUAAAUAAUCCGCUAAAACUGCAAGAAGACGAAGAUAUUUUGUGAGAUGACUGCGAAAGAUACUCAAGUGAUUUGUUCAAUCCUGUCUUGAGGGGAGGAGUUAUGUGGACCCUCUCCUCUUGUGAUCAUCUUGUAGCAUUUUCAAAACUCAGAUACCAUAUAGCUUUUUUCACUUUUCAGUAUGAUGCUCAUUGUUCAUCAUAACUAUGAAUGUAUUAUUGGAACUGAAGGGACCUAUUUCCCAUCUUUUUUUUUUUUUUGUUUUUCUCAUCUUUUUAGUUAAGUAUGGAUAAUGUUUCAGACUAAAGUUUUGCUCUUUAAUGCUUUCACUAAUGGUUUCUGUACUAAUAGCCGAUAAUAAUGUUGUGGGAGACCCUCUAGUUGACUGAGAAGGUCACGAGUUGGACUUAUAGGUCGCUAUAGAAAACUAGGUUAAACU